AUGCGACUCCACCUCCUCUCAGGUCCCUCGUGACUCGCAGCUGGUGACAGCUGGCGAGGUACGUGCGCUCGCGCGAGACAGUUGAGGAGUCUUCCGUACGUUUCCCGUCGCGAUGGUGGAGGCAGCCGGAUGCGGCGAGUUGCAGCAGUUGGUUCAGGAGGAGGAGUGCGAGGAGCCGCUCAGCCACGGGGGGGAAGUCACCCCUCCGUCGACGCCGGCGAGAUCUCAACGUCCGAGCAAGGCCGAAGUGCACAACACCAACGUAUCGCAACAAAUACUGUGGGAGAAUAACGCGCAAACGUCGCCGAUCAUUAGCAAAGGCAGCUCCGGCCAAGGGACGAGUCAGGGCUCCAUGGUCUCCAGUCGAGCCGCCAACGCCUCGAGUUACGCUGGCAAUCAGUCGCGAUUGACGUAUCUCAAUGAGAAGGAGAAGGAGAAGGAGAAGGAGAAGCAGAGGCCUAGUCGGCCGGAUCCGCCGAGAAUCGUGAGGCAGCACAAAGCCAUGGUGCCAUGCAAACACCAUUGCUUUCUGUCAGAGGUCCCUGACGUACGUCACAUGGAGCAAGCUUUGCUGCAAUUGCUGGAAGACUUUCACAGCGGCAAUUUACGAGCAUUCGGAAAAGACUGUAGUAUGGAGCAGAUGACGGAGAUACGGGAGCAGCAAGAACGUCUGGCCAGACUGCACUUCGAGCUGGGCCAGCGACAAGAGGUGGGUGGCGAGCAGUCAGGUCUCAGACAAUCAAGCGCGAAUAUGCGCCAUUUGCUCCAUCGUCUCCAACAGCUGAGCAUACGGAGAUUUGUUUUUGCAAGGAUGAAAUCGGCAGCGUUAUCGCAACCGCAACGCUCGAUUACGGCACACGAUACUUUGGAACGACUCAGCCUUGCAAAAUGCCCUGCAUUCAAUACACUGUGGGAGCCGAAGGGUAUGAUCGGUAUUAAUGUAAAAGCGACGGAGAAAAGACAUAUUCUUGGAGACGAAUAUCUGGAGAGCACAAUCGAAGAAAGGCCAAGAAAGUAUAUGGUGCCGAGUGUAAGCUUAGAUGACGUACGGGAUAAAGAUAAGAGAAAAUUAUUGAUCGACUUUAUAUAUAAAACAACGACGGGUCAAACGGCGAGGGAAGUUUGGGGCGACUUUAAACAAUGUCUUUGCUUAUCGAAGAGACACGUAGAGGAGCAAGAUAAACCCUUGACUAAUCAAGAAAUAAUAACUCGUUUGCCGGCGAGAUUUCAAGGAGCUGCUAGGAAAUGGGACAGCAUGCAAAAUCGUUCUUUUCUCACGGACGAUACUUGCUAUUAUAAGAAGGAUAAAACUCGAAAAGAAAGAGCCACUGAGUCAGAUGCAGCCAAAGAGAUACCAGAAGAAGUGCACGCGAUAAGGAAAUUAAUCAAUGAAAAUAAAUUAAGUAUUAUUUAUGACAAGUUACCUUCAUCGUAUACAGGAUAUAGACCGUACUUUGCGUAUGGAGUGCCAAUAGAAAAGACAGUCACCUAUCAAUUAACUAAUUAAUAGUAAUAGUGCAGCA